AGUGAAAACCAACAAUCAGAAUGCAAGUCAUAAUUGUUGCACUCUUGGCCAGCCUUUUGGUGGCUCAACAAGUCCAAGCUGGCACCAUGACCUUUGGUGACCUCAUGAGCGACGUCUCCCAGGUGUCAGUCGCCGGCGAGAAAACAAUCCAUCAUCUGGAGAAUCAGCUAGAUGCUGCCCAGCCAGAUGCAGAGUAUGCGGAGGCCGCUACUCAAAACCUGCUAAGUGAUAUGGCUAAUGGCUUGGGUGAUCUAGCCAAUGCCCUGGCCAGUUUCAGAGUUCAGAGAGAUUAUGUUCAGCCACAGCCGAAAAAUCUUAUUGGCAGUCUUAUGGGUGAUAUGGGCGAUACUCUCGGGCAUUUGGCAAACACCAUUACCAGGCUCAGCGUGGAAAUUCAGGCAGCGCCCAAGUCUCGCAGUGUUUCAUCCUCUGGUGCUACAGUUAUUGGUGAGAUGGGCGGUGUCAGCGCCAAGACUAUCGCAUCUGCUGCCCAGGCAGCUGCUCCAUAUGUAAAGAAAUUGAAUGCUGCUUUGGGAGAUCUGGCCAAUGCCCUCACCAAUCUAUAAAUGCACUUUUAAUAAAUCUAUAUUUACGGAUAUAUGUACAUAU